CUUAAAGACCUAGAGUGAGGAUGAAGAGGAUUAAAGAGCAGAAACAGAACAACUAGAGAAGAAAAACAAAUGAAGGAAAGUCUGGAUUCUAUCAUCUUUCUUCCAAGAUUCAACCUGAAAAUCCUCAGAGGGACAGAAGGCCUGAGGGGGGCACUGCUCCUCCCAACGGACUUCUACUUUGAACUCUCCCUGGAUUGUGAUGACACCCUGUCUGAAGGAGAUGUGGAGGAGCCUAAGUUGAGGACAGAAAAUGAGAAAGCUAAUGAACUUCCUGUGUGACUGACUGCUCCCCAUCAUGUCCUCCACCUGCUGGCUCAAAGGACUCUUCAUCCUCCUCAUCAUCUUACUGCCUCUCUGCUCCUCCCAAGUCAGCAGUCCGUUUGACAGCUGCAGCUCUCCGUCGGCCUCGGAGGCACGGCGAGGAUGGCAGUUCCUCCCAUGUCAGCCACCUUCCACCAACAUGAAGGAGUUCAUGCAGAUCAGGGUGGAUCCUCCUGGGAUCACCUGUGGAAACCCACCUGAAAGGUUCUGCACAUUGGAGAACCCGUACCUGUGCAGCGAUGAGUGUGAUGCCUCCAGCCCUGACCUGUCUCACCCUCCUCAGCUAAUGGGGGACAGGGAGAGAGGUGGGCUUAUCACCUAUUGGCAGACAGUCACCUGGUCCAGGUAUCCUGAGCCUCUAUUGGCUAACAUCACUUUGUCAUGGAACAAGAGCCUGGAGGUGGUUGAUGACAUCAUCAUUACCUUUGAAUAUGGGAGACCAACCAGCAUGGUGCUGGAAAAAUCUAUGGACAAAGGUGUGACAUGGCAGCCGUAUCAGUACUACGCUGACGACUGCCUGGAGUCCUUUGGCAUGUCGCCUAAACAGGUCUCUGACUUAGCACCAACAAACCUCACCCGGGUUAUCUGCACUGAGAAGUACUCCCGCUGGGUUGGGGCCAAGGAGGAGAAGAAUGUGGUGUUUGAGGUGCGUGCUCGGUUCAGCGUGUUCGCUGGUCCAAAGCUUAUCAACAUGGAUGCCCUUUACACCCGGAUGGAGACCAUGAAGGGUCUCAGAGACUUCUUUACCUUCUCCAACCUGCGGCUGCGACUCCUCCGCCCUGCAUUGGGAGGAACCUACGUCCAGAGCGACAACCUUCUGAAGUACUUCUACGCCAUCUCUAACAUUGACAUACCUGCCAGGUGUAAAUGUAACCUGCACGCCUCUCAGUGCGUGAUGCGGGAUGCAACGCUGCAGUGUGACUGCGAGCACAACACAGGUGGACAGGACUGCCAGCGCUGUAAAGGAGGCUUCAGAUCCCGCAGCUGGAAACCAGGAUCAUACCUGCCCCUGCCCAGAGGCACUGCUAACACCUGUGAGGCGCCUGUGAGCCGAGUCACCAUCCUGAGGACAUCCAUCUGUUCUUGUUGAUGUUUAGUCAGAGCAGC